AGGAGAUGACAAGAAGCAGAUGGUUGCAAAUGUUGAGAAACAGCUCGAAGAAGCAAGGGAACUGCUUGAGCAGAUGGAACUUGAAGUUCGAGAGAUCCCACCUCAAAGCCGAGGAAUGUACAGCAGUCGAAUGAGAAGCUACAAACAAGAAAUGGGAAAACUUGAAGCUGAUUUUAAAAGGUCACGGAUCGCCUACAGUGAUGAGGUGCGGAAUGAGCUCCUAGGGGAUGACGGGAAUUCCUCAGAGAACCAGAGGGCACAUCUGCUCGAUAACACAGAGAGGCUGGAAAGGUCAUCUCGGAGACUAGAGGCUGGAUACCAAAUAGCAGUGGAAACCGAGCAGAUUGGACAGGAGAUGCUGGAAAACCUCAGCCAUGACAGAGAGAAGAUCCAGCGUGCUCGGGAAAGGCUUAGAGAAACAGAUGCGAACCUGGGGAAGAGUUCCAGGAUUUUGACAGGAAUGUUGCGAAGGAUCAUCCAAAACCGGAUUUUGAUUGUUGUUCUGGCAGUCAUCAUCAUCUUCACCACCAUCAUGGCUAUUUAUUUUUCUGUCAGGGGACGCUGAUAUCUUUGUUCUUCACUAAACAGCAACAAACUGCUUGUUCUGAGUAAUUAAGACGAAGUGGUCACAUGAAUCAUUCUCUUGCACUGACAGAGUCUCCCUCUCUUUUCCACUAUUCAACUCAGGUGCAAGUGGUAUAAAAUAUUUUGUAUUAUUGAUGGUGUAGUUGAUGGCAUGUGGGGUUGAUUAUUUUUUCUUAAUUUUUUUGUCUUUAUCUGAGUGUUUUCAGAACCUUAAUAUUUGUUGGGGUGAGGGCUUGUUCCAGUAUAAAAAGACUUCACUUGUGUCGAAUACUGCCCCAGACAAUUAGCCUGUGAGUUGCCAGAGUUUAGCAAGGGAAGAGGGGUCUUUGCACUUCUCUUGUGCUAUGCGGGGUGUAUGAAUAUCAAGCAGUAUCUGACCUUCUGUGAUAGAGAAUAUAAGUAAAGCAGAGACCAAAUGAUGUAGAAAGUGAACCUGUCUCCUGUGACUAACUCCCGAACAUGAAUUAGUGUAAUAGGCGUAACCUGGUUAAGAACAGUAGUUAGUUUUAAAAAGAGAGCAACCUUGGGAUGAUUUUUAAUAUCUGGUGUGAAUCCAACACUCGAUUUAACUUUUUUUUUAAUUAGGCUUUCUUUUCUGCUUUUUCAAAAUAAUUCCACUUUCAUCAAGAUCAUGAUAAUGCAUCACUUGCCCAAAAUGUAGUUGUGACCACAGCCUAUACACACUAGGCCCUUAUUGAAGAUGUAUAAAGAUGCUUAUCUAUUCACUGCUGAUUGAAAAGAGACCCUAAGUAAUAGUUCAGUGACAAAUACGUGAUUACAGUGCAUUAAACAAAAUCUAGAUUUCUAAUAUUGGCCUGACCAUGUUGAGACCUCAAUUGGAAAUAUUUUUAGUGUAUUAAAUUCUGAUGUGAUAUCCCGCUUUUUAAACAAAAACUGUAAAAAUGUUAAUUUAUACAUGCUUUUAGCUGAUAUAAUAUAUCAUAGUUUCAUCUACCUGUGUGUAAAUGAGCUGUGUUUCUCUUUUCCUAGUAGCUGUGCUUCUCCUAUAGACAGGUUUAGGCUUAUAAUUAAGCUUACAACUCCAGCAACCAUCAUUUUCUGGUGAUAUGGUAAAGUAAUUUUCAUAACUUUUCAAUUCAUUAUAUGCAAUCCCUUACAAAUAUUUUAAGCCCAUGAACUUAAGCUGCAAAAUCUUUUCAGGAAGAUGUUCAAAGAAACAAAAAGCUGGUGGCUUUCAGGCUCCCCCCAGCUUAGGUAGGAACUGUGCACCGAAUUCUCAUCUGUGCCUUAGGACUUUUGGGGAUUUGGCAUCCCUGCGGUCUCUGCCGACUUGUUGUGCUGUCCCUGGGAGUUGAUUUUGGGAUAAACAUCUGGGAGUUGAUUUUGGCCCUGAGUAAGUCUCCCGUCUUCUCUACGUGGAAACAAAUAACUCAUCCUAAUAAAAGGAUGUUGGUACUGAGGCCAUAGCUAAGACUAUGAAAGAUGGUGAUAAAUGCAGAAUAAAAGGUUCCACAAGAAAAAUGACACUCUUUGAAGCAAAUGGAAGCAUGUGUGGUCAGCUGUGGGGUUUGAGUUACAUGCUGCUCACAACUGAGUUCAGAAGGGGUUUCUGUGCCACGUUUCUCUACCAGCUCACGUCAGCGGCUGUAGGGUUGUGCUGGUACAAAAGUUCCCGGGUAAUCCAAGCCCAUGUUUUUGGGAGGCACUGCUCUGUGUGGUGCGGCUUGGUCACAUCCAGCUCCUCACCUCUACGGCCCUGCACUGCCACGGGGCCAUGGGACCCCCCUCACCGCCUCCUGGGGCACCCCCCCUCCUUUCAUCCUUGCGAGGUGUGUGGCUCUUGGACAAGGAAAGAUUUGGGUGUUCCGCUUGCAGUGCGGAGGCUGGCUGGCCUUCGGUCACGACACACGCUCAGAUUAAGCACUUACGGUUGUGUAAGCAGAGCUCUGGCCGUUAGCUUCAAGUGAUGGCACUGAGCUGAAUUCAGGCAAAUUAGGACAAAGCCUGGCAGCGUUAGAAGGUAUUUAUCCUCUCCUAAGCAAAUUAGGAGAUGCAUAUUUUGUAAAGCAGAAAACUGUCAAGAAGGAAAUCUGAAGCUCCGUCUGUUGCCUAGACAUCCUCCGUGUUGCCUCAAUAAUUUAACUAUCAUGGGGAUUGAUUCAUGACUACUGAUCUUAACAGUGACCUAUGACUAGGUUUUGCCCUCUAUCUAGCCACCUGCUGGAAUCAGCAAAAAGCUGAAAGGAAGCUAGUUUUCCUUAUCCCAGUAUAAAUCUAGGGCAUAGUGUCACAUCAGAUACAUCCACUCAGAUGGGAAUGAGGGAGAGAGAGAGACUGCCACGCAAAGCCUUCAUCUUCACUUUUGAUGAACCUGCCAUGGCUAUGUUUCUCAUGCUAACCUGUUAAUAACUCCUCUGCGCCUGCUUUGCAUCCUCGCGCACUCCCCACAUGUAAAACGGCGCUCAGGUGGACGCUACGCUCUUCAAAACCCGACGCUGCUCCUCGCGCGCCCCGUUUCCUCCGGCCUGGGAAGCGUGCGGGUGGGAUGCACCAGCUCCACCUGUUUUGGUGGGGACUGAGCAACUUCGACUGAGGGCGCAGCCCAAGCCACCCACAGGUAGGGGUGAGAGCCCUGGGUCCAGCCUUCCCCCAAACUAGUUUGGUCGCAGCAACAGCGCAUCUGUGAAUGAAUCCAAGCGCUUACAAAUGUAAACCUCAAAGAGCGAAAUGUUUCUAAUGUUGCCAGCCUUUGUGGAGAAACGACAAAUUAAAAAAACCGCACGCGUGGUGCUGCGUGCAAAAUUCCUCCUUGCUGAACAGCUGCGCUCGCGGAAUAAAUAAACUAAUUCUACGCUGAUACAAAAAUCAAAAGCAAUUUAAUUAAAGACUCUUAAGUUUUAAAGGGUUUUAAAUGCUAUACGUUUUGGGGAAAUAUCAGAAAAUAUAGCUUGACUGACGUCAGUUUCCAUCUCUGGGAUGGGAGGCCAUUUGCUAUUCUGUUUAAGGCAGGCUGGAUUGUCUUAUUUUGGAGCCAGCUUGGUGGGGGGUUUUCUUUGCUGCUGCUUCAGAGCUCUGAGCUUCAAAGGCUGAAAUUAAUGGUGAACAAAAUUGUGCGGCUCUGACCAUCCCAUGCGGGGCAAACCCAUCGAGGGUUAUCAUUAAGUAAAGAAAUAAAGAAAAAAAAAACCUGCCAGUUCCAAAAAAACCUCAUCAGAUAAUGACCUCUGUGAUUGGGUUUUCAUUACCAAACAGCAUCCAGAGA